GGCCGUUUGUGUUGAAGCUAAUCUGACGAGAAUGGAAGUGUUGAGGAGGCGUGUGGUUCCAAACAGGAAGAAACUGGGAAAACACGCAGUAAAUACGCUAUCCUCGGACACAGCCAACUAACAGCCUGGGGCAGAUAGUACAAACUACUUUUUCUCCAUGCCGGAGGCCUGUGGACCGUUCCUGGUGAACUCCUUUCAGAUCUGUCCCGCAGUCGGAGGGGCUGUUUGGGGGGGCUGACGCACCAGCAGAAGCGCAGGAAGGCGGGGGGCUGUCACAGCAGCAGGCUAGGCUAGGCUAGGCUAGGCUAAGUCUGGCUAAGCUAAGCUAAGCGCUGCAGCCCGAAGAAACCUUGAACUUGUGUAAACUUUGUGGAGUACAACACCGGAAGUAGCAUCACCGGAGUGGUUAAACGACAACCACGGACUCCACAGAUGAGAUAAAUAUACACAAACGUCUAUUAUGUUCACAGUUUUUUUUUUUUUCUAAAAAGUGUUAGCCUGGCAGCGGACUUAUCGCCAGUUAGCUGUUGAACACAUCCAGGCUCUGGCAGAGGGACAUGAGCGGGAGGAAAUCGCCUCAGUUUGCCCCAUGCACAUCCGCAGAAUGGAUCUAAUUUGCGUUGUUAACCCGUUAAAAGCUAUUGGACGCUAAUUAACACAGUGGAUGUUAAUUAAUCAUUGAGGUAUCCGCGGAUGAAGAUUGGUUUUUGACAUAUAAGAGGGACUUUUUCUGUUUUGUUAUAUCGGUUUUUUUCGAUAACUUGUGCUUUCCGUUAGUGUGGUUAUCAUGGAGGUAGGGGAGCCUGGCAGCGGCAGCUCAGAGCGGUUACAUAACGCCAGCAGGCCGGGAGAGAAGCUGCUGAAUGUCGCCUCCUCUUCAGCCUCCUCAGCCUGGCUCUGACAGCCGUAAACCCCCCUCCAGCGCACACACACACACUAACAGACUGACAGACGCACAAACAAACACAGACAGACUGACAGCAGGACAGCAGCAUGGAGGUGGUGUAAGGCAUCUGGGAGAUAGAAAACAGCAACGAGAAGGAUCGUUUUGCUGAAGAUGGAGUCCAACCCACUGAUUAACGCGAUGGACCCGUCCAUCACGCUGUGGCAGUUCCUGCUUCAUCUGCUGGAGGACCAGCGGCAGCGUCACCUGAUCUCCUGGACAAGUGAGGACGGCGAGUUCAAGCUGCUGGACGCCGAGGAGGUGGCCCGCCUGUGGGGGCUCCGCAAGAACAAGCACAACAUGAACUACGACAAACUGAGCCGGGCACUGAGAUACUACUACGACAAGAACAUCAUAAAGAAGGUGAGCGGCCAGAAGUUUGUCUAUAAGUUUGUAAGUCAGCCCGACCCCUCCCUCCCUGAUGCGAUACGCACUAUAGAGGAGGGCCAGAGGAGGGAUAUAUGCGACUCAAACAACCAAUCAAAAAGCCUUGGGGGCGUGGCACCAACUUGUCCGACAAAGGGCUUGCCCCAGCGCUCAUCACCCAGCAGCUCCCAGAAGAGCUCCAGAAACGACUACAUGAAGUCUGGCCUCUACUCCACCUUCACCAUCCAAUCCCUGCAGGCCUCACCCAAUCCACGGCCAAUCAAAUCAGAGCUCCUCCUGCAACAAGAGCCUGUCCCCAAGGUUGAUCGCACACCGAGAGAGGGGUGUGUGUUACCGGAGUCUAAAUCCUCUCCGUCCGUGGGGAGCGCUGCGGACUCUGUUCUCCAGGUGAUCGUCACUCAGACGUCUCCCUGUCCGACCCCGGCUCUCAGCCCACAGAUACCAGCCAACUCCAAUGGCCAAUCACAGAAUCCUCCUGCUGCUCCGCUGAGCGACCCUCCCCAGAUUUAUCUCACCAACAUGGGGGACCCAUCCACCCUCAUCACUCUCGGAGGGGGCACGGUGAGCCCCGUCCCCCCUCCUCAUGUCUCAAUGGGCACACAGGGCCCACAGCAGGAGGAUUGCGGGGGCCUUACCAACCCCACCAACUUCCCCUCUCACCACCCGCACGCUGCUCCCCAUCAGUCUCACCCUGCCCCUGUGUUCGUUAUUAUCAACCCACCUCCCAAUCAACAGCAGCAGCAACAGGUGCCGAUGACAACUGCUGCUCCUCCUCCCUCUGUUGCUCCUCCUCCCACCGCCCGUCCUCCACCCAUUGUCAUCAAGGAGGAGAAUCUGCCGUCAGAGCAGGAGCUGCUGGAGAUGGUGACACUGGAUGGGAAACAGGUGGAGGUGGUUCCUGAGCUGAUCUGUGACUCGGGAGAGCCAGAGCCUCCCCCCACCAUUGUGGAAAGCCCGCCCCCGCCCUGCAUUGAUGCCGGGGUUGGAGUUCAGCAGCCAGCAGAGGAGGAGAGGACAGAGGGUGAGGGCCAGGACACACUAACAGAUCCAGUCAUCCCCCCGGUGACGACGUCCUCACCAGUGACCUCUCCAGCAGCUUCAUCCUCGGACGCUGUUCCUCCAAAACAAAAGAAGCCACGAGGCCUGGAGCUGCCCUCCUCUCCCUCCCUGCCCCCCGGCCUCUCCCUCGAUAAGGUGAAUGCAGCAGUUAACAGUUUAUUGGCUCCUGGAUCAGCGACCAACACGCUCACCCCGACUGUCAUCACCUCCCACGCUCUGACUCCGGUCCUGUUGACUCCCAGCCCUCUUCCCUCCACCAUCCACUUCUGGAGCACGCUCAGUCCCAUCGCUCCUCGAUCGCCAGCUAAACUUUCCUUCCAGUUUCCCUCUAACGGCAGUAAUCAGAUCCACAUCCCGGCUCUCAGCGUCGACGGCCUCUCCACCCCCGUGGUCCUCUCCCCGGGGCCCCAGAAGCCCUGAACUCCCCGCCCGCCUGAAGCAGCUCUUCACCGGGCACAACCUCGCCCAACGAUCUCCUCAACUCCUGGAGGGUCGGAGGAAAAGCCGGAUCUGCACUGACUCUGAAAUGCAUCACUAAAAACCCGACGCCAUGAGAUGUUUAAGCUGCAUCGGCUGACUCUUACUGGUAGGUGUGAUGGUUUAUGUGGGCCUUUCACUGGUGGACGCGUUCACAGCCGAGGAACAGUCAGACCCUCCGCUGAUUCUUACACUUUCUAACAGGUGGGAAUCUGCGCUUUGUGCUCGUUCCACCUUCCUGUUUCUUUCAUAGCUUUGUACUCAAACACUAUGACAGCGGGGUUUCGAGAGAACCAGAUGCUUCUCUCGACUUGAACUCAUCACAAGAAGCCGACACGAGGACAUAAACGGCAUCUAAAGGCCACGAGAAGGCGGAGGGAUGUUUUUCUCUUUUUCUACUGGUGUUUUUUAACCUGCCGUUGGACUUCUUUCUAUAAUAUUGUGAGGUCUUUACCUUACGAUGUAAAAGUGCUCUGACGUGACUGUUGUGAAAUAAAACAGCUUAACCUUGAAGAUGGCUUUUAUAGCCAGUCUGCUUACUGAAAACUGACAGCAAACAAAUGUCUGUUUUCAAACGGUUUCUUCAGUGUGUGACGGAGGGGAAACCGGAGAAAAGCUGGAGUUGUCUCUUAUUUGAGUUUUUACUAAACAGAAGAUUUGACUUGACGUUUUCUGGGAGUAACUGAUCGCAGACUGGAAGGAGGGUCUCACGAACGUUCACAUGGAUGUGUGUAAAAGGAUCUGCAGUUCCUCAUAAUCUCACGUUUUUUCUGAUGGGAUCUUUUUUUUUAAACUCGAGGUUAUUUAUUUCUGUCUUGUUUUCAAUGCACCUUUCUCUGCAGAUUCCUUAAAGGUUCUUGACUGUUUUUAAAACAGUCUCAUCUUUUUUUUCCCACAUUUUUUAAGCUACCAGGUGACCCUCUCCCAGUUGGAAUUUAAUUUCAGCACCAACACUGACAUUUUAUAAACUCACCUUCUGCUGGAUUUCUUCAGAAAUGACUUUCAGAGCCAUUUAAGGGUUGUUGCUUUGCUCUUACUGGCCGAUUUUAAAGGUCACGCCUUUCUCCGGUUCUGCAUGGCCUGUUUUUCUUUUUGGUUCUUUGUUUUUUGUUUUGUUUUUAGUGGACUCCUCAGCAGCAUUUCGAACUGACCAAUCACAAAGGAUGAAGAUGACGGUGGACCUGAGGUUUUUCAAAGCCAAGUUCUUUCUCUAUAAAUGUGUCUAAAUGUGACAGAUUGUAUAUUUUCUCACAGAGUUUAAUGUCCAAACUGAACUGAAGUGUCUGUCAGACUUGAUUUAAAGGUUUUACCGAGGACAGAGUCACAUUCCUUUGGUUUUAAAACAGUGAUAGAUGAGUUUGCGUUACUUAUUAACAACUGCUUAUUGUUUGAAUCUCAGCAGUCAUUCCAGAGGUUUUAUUUGAGCACCUUUGAAAAAUAAAUGUUUUGUUCCCAAAAGCCUUGGAACAAAUCUGCAGUGAUGUUGCCACAAGUUGAAAGAGUCACAUUUAUUCUCCUUUCAUUGAGAUUGCAGGACAUCUUUUAAUAUAUUGAAAGCUUUUUCUGUGCAAAAAACAACAACAAAGGACCCAGCUUAAUGACACUCUGUCAUACCGGUGCUCAUGAUUGAAACAUUUCAAAUAAUUUGAUCAAUUUGUGUUUAAUAAAGCACCAAAAAACAUGAAAAAAAUAAAUUCUCCAACAUCCUGGAGUCCAAGUUUACGUCCUCAUUUUGUACAAACAUCAGCACAACAUUUCAAAAUUAAAAAGGCAUUAGAAAAGCAUCAGAUGGUCUCUAGCGUGAACCUUGGAAAAAGAUGACUAAGAAAAUGUUUUUUUUUCAUUUAUGGCUUAAACGUAUUUAAUUGAAUCUCGGAAGACGUCCUUGAUGGCAGGGGCGGAUUUAUCUGUUUAUCUGUGUGUGAAAAAAUAUUUUAGUUCUCUGAAAUUUAAAUAAAAACUAAACUUUCAGAUAAAAUACAAAUACACAGGAAGUGGCUCUAACUUUAGUCUUUGUCAGUUUGGUCAAAUUUGCUCUCAGAGUUGAACUUAAACUCCUCAAGGUCAUAAAUAAUCUGACCAUCAAAUCUCGACGACCUCGUAGUACCGUGUAAUCCCAUCACAACACCUCACUCGCAGACUGCUGGCUUACUUCUGUUUACUGAGUUUCUAAAAGUUAGAACGAGAGGCAGAGCCUUCGGUGUUCAGGCUAAUCUCGACUUUUAGACUCUGGUAGCUUUGCUGCUGUAGGCUCAGGCUGCUGGAGGACUUCCCAUGAUGCACUGAGAGUUACUUCUCCACUCCCAUCUUUUCACUCCCUGCUGCAGAUUGCAACGUUUUCUUUCUUGUUUCUCGGGUGUUGUAUACGUCUGCCCCUCCCUGCCUGGUGCUUCUGGAGAUCUUUUCAUGUUUAAAAAAAGGAAAAAAAAGAAGAAGUUCUUUCUCCCCACUGUUGCCAAGUGUUGCUCACAGGGGAUCAGCUGAUUGUGGGGGUUUUCUCUUCAACCCCGUAGACUCUUUUUGAUUUAAUGCCAAUUAAAUAAAAUAAAAUAAAUUUGAAUGAAAAAGGAAGAAAUGAAACCUUUAAAAACUAACACUAAACACUUUCAUUGAUUAAAAACUAAACUCAAACAAACUAAAAUUGAGCUGAAACCUGAUUAACCAAAAAACAGAACUGUGUUAAAUGUUGUCCCGUCAGUUCUUACAGUUGGAUUUGAGAUUAUUUAAAGAUGAACAUCCUCUAAUCUUCAGGGCACCGCAGUGAUUUUUAUCCACUUAAGAACUUUAAAAGAUCAAAACUCUGUGGAACAAAGUAUCAGAUAAUCCCAGUUUUAAACAUUUUUUAAAUCCUUGCUGGUAAAGUUUGAUAAUUUUAGGUUGUGAGACAUGCGUUUGUAUGUUUUGUUCUCUCAGCGUCGGCUAUGAAGCAUAUGAGUUUACUGUACAUGAUUUACAAAAAGCUAGGAGGCUUCAUGCAUUAGAACAAUGAUUAGUUGGAUUUUGUGCAGUUUUUAGUUUCGUUUACAGACCUUUUCCACUAAUACCCGCUCGGCUCGGUUUCCAGGGUUUUCCAUUAGGUGGUAGUACCUGGUACCUGCUCCAUUGGGGUUCUGAAUGGUCCUAAAAUGUGACUGCAUGCCAACAGACAGCAUGCUGCAGGUGGGCCAGUCAGUGGCAUCACUCGAUGUGUCAUGAAAGCAAGUCCUUCACGAAAUUCCAAACUGACAAAUGCGGCAGUGAGGGAAAGUGGCUCCACACAAACCAACACCCUGGUCCGGUGAUGAGGUGCAGACACUUGGCAUCGGUUUGGCAGCAGGUAUACCAACGCUUCGAUAUUCUCCACUGUUGUGUUGUGGCGCAUACGAAUGACAUCACAGGAAUUUUGGCCGUGUUGCUACAACGACCCCAAAAACACUGAUGCGGUUCUAUUAUAAUGGAAAAUGACUGAAACAGAGUAGAGUCGAGCCGAGCAGAUCAGACUGGAUACUUGGUUCUCUCAGAUGACCUGGAGUUUCGCUUGAUUUACACGAACAUGUGAUUUUUAAAGCAUGUUUGACGUGAACUUGUGGCGACAUCAAAAACCUGCAGAGACCAAAAAAAAGAUAUUUUGUUUGUUUGUUUUCCUCAAAAAUUGUAGACAGACACUGACUCAUGUUCCUCUAAAAAAAAAAAAAAAAAAAAAAAAAAAAAGAAAACAGACUGUUGAUGUUGUUGUUGUACAUGUUAUUUCUAAUGCUAGCUGUGGUUGCCAUGGUAACCUGACCCGACUGUUGCCGCCCUGCAGGUUGCUGUUGUCAUUGCUGUUGUUAUCGUUGUUGCUGCUGGAGCUGUUAACGUGUUUCUAUGCUUCUGUGUGUGACGCCGAGGCUGCAGACACACACACACACACACACACACACUGCAGUCUUUGUGAGGAUUCAUUGGAGGCGUUGGUCUGUCCAACUCAAGCUUUGCUCAGUUACUCGCUGUGAUGUUGCUACUGCUGGCACAUCUUGCGCUCUGGCUCGUUGCGCACUUACACGUCUUUAUCACAUAAAUAAGAUCAUCUGCCACGUUUGCAUCAAGGGUGAGGAGAGCAUAGAUACCCAGAAGGUGCAGAACAUGCUCCAAGAAAACAAAGGUUAAAGAAAACUUGUGUUCAUAUUUGAAUUACACCUUUCUCCAAAUUCAUAACAUUGCGUUUCAGUAUUUCAGUGACAUUUCUGUUAGGAUUACAGUUUAGGGUGCACUGCUGUGCUGUGCCGACCACACCACAAAUUACUGCAGCAUCACUGCUGUGCUUUUUACCAGCAACAUGGUGUCAUUACCGAAUCUGUAACUACCUGUUUCUACUUGAAAAGUAUGAUGGGGGAAAGAAAAAUACUGCACUAACAGUCAUCCAUGCACAGUCAUCCAUAUUUCUUCUGUACAAUACUACGCUUUGGGUCGCAGACCUGACUGGUUCAGAAAAAGGCAAGAAAGCGGAAGUGGCUUUGCUCCAACAGUGUUUAAAGUUCAACAGACAAGUUGGAGAUAUUUAGGCAGGUGUCGACGCGCAGCAGGAACUGCACUUUUCUGCACUUCCACUAAUGGCCAAAGUGAGUCAGUCGCUAUUGACUCUCAUGUUCAAAUGUCCAACUUCUUUGCAUCCUACACAAUAUUAUUGUGAAAAAUGUAAUUUGGUUUGAUUUGACAGAUGUUCCCCUCUGCUAAUUCAAGUCGUAGAACUGGACCUGUCUUGUGUGUGCUGUUCCGUGGCACUUUUUGGAAUAUUUUUAAUGGAAAAAUGUGUCUUUGUUUACAGUCAAAUGUAAUGGCAGCAAGUAUCAAGUAAUCUAAGCUUUAAGGUUCAAGGUUGGUUGAGCUGAGAGCAGUGCAGCGUCUGCAGCGAGGUUCAGGCUGAGGACAGGGGGCGCUCUGGAUUUGGACAGAUGCUUCAUAGAUGAGAGGAAAAGCCCGACUACCCAACCUUUCAAAGGUGGGUCCUCACAAGGUUGACCCUCUAUUUGAUUCCCACAAAGAUAGCUGUGCAAACACACACACACACACACACACACACAGCUGGAGCGUCAGGGACUGAGUGAAGCUCGUAUUCAGUGUUUCCACCUUCACUGAGGUUAUUCUGCAACUCGUUAAAUACCUGAAACAUCCUGAAAAAACAAAAUCUUUCAAACCGUUUACCACUUAAUUUUCUUUUACAAUGUGAAGUUUAAAAAGGAACAAAAAUCUGAUUCAAGAUCGGUUCUAAUUUUCUCUACCUGAUCCAAGCUGGAACCAUCAUCAUCAGCUCCUCUGAAUUCAGCCUCAGAUCGGUCCCUGACAGCGGGAUUUCCCAGCCUUUGCGGCGACGUAAACGCAGCACCAAGCCAUCGUGUUCGACUGUUCUCUCUUUACAGCAUGACUCUAUUUUUCUAUCAGAGAUGACGUGUUUAUAUUGCGUAUAAGAUUUAAAGAGCGACGAAGCCUUAAAGAUUUCAGCUGCAGCAGAAGAAAGAUGCAUCCUCAUUUAAAAAAAAAAAAAAGAUACUCCCUGUUGUGUAUCUUUUAGAGCAUGACGAUGAAAAAUAAGCCAUUUAUCGAGAAAAGCUGAACUUUGUGUAUCGAGUUUUGGACGCAGGGUUUGAGUCCGACAUGUUUAACUUCAAGCUAACCUUUCUCUCACCAGCAGAACAUGACGAAUGUCUUUAUAUCGAUUAGAAACUGCUUUGCAUUCUGGGUAAUGUUGUUUUUGAAACUCAUCACCGUCUGAGUGAACUUGACGAAGGGUCUGCUUUGCAAACGCUGCCUGUAUGCAGAUGAAAGAUGCUUGCAAAAUGACAUUUGAGGAAAUACUUCACCUGCAGGCCUUUAAGUCUUAAAGCGAUAUUUUCAGACGUCUUUAAUUCACAGAAGUCUUAAACUGUCUCUCUCAAAUGUGAAUCACUGAAAGUGAAGCCACGUUAUGGAAGAGGCAAAGCAAACCCCUGCCUCCAGUUACAUAAGGCAUCUUUUCACUGUAGGGGCAAAGUGUUGUAAAGGUAUCUGCCUUAACAAAGUUAUUGGGCGCUUUCUCCGAGUCAGAAUUGAAGCCGCUCAACGGUACCUACAGAAAGGGUUUCUGCAUAGUUAGUUCCUGAGAUCUGAACAUAUGAAAGUUGAAAGCUAAAAAAAAAACUGGUUCCUGCAGUGAUAGGCGGUCUGUGGACAUGUACUCAGUAUUUGGUGAUGAGUUUCACUUCAUAAACAUCAUCAGUUAUAUUUUCUGCUCUGGUUUCAUGACACUUAUAAAGGAAGGCGUUCCUUAAAUCCAGUGAGGAAAAUCUGUUGUUCCUGAGCUUUCUGUCUGUUCACUUGAGGCCUGGAGUUUUCUCAGUGAUUUUCAUCUCAUAAACCAAAAGUUGUUUGGGUUUUUCACAGAUGUGACCAAAUGAAUCCUGAUGUAAUAUUUGACCUCCAAAGCCUGGACAGACUUUGCUGCCGGUCGUUCUGCAGCUGAGCGUACCGUCCAGCUGCACUUCAGAAACUGUUCGUGUGCAUACCAGCUCAGUGCAACUUAAUGAAUCUUUGUCUUAAUGUAACACUGUUUAGAAUUGUAGUAACUUUGAUAUGGUAAUACAUCUAAUAUAGGACUUGUUCAAUGACGAAACGUAACAUGAAAAAUGAAUAAAUAUUCACACCUCUUUUAAGAGAGACAUUUCUUUUUAUAACUAAUAUUUACAAUCUGCUUCCUGUUAUCAUAUGUAUGUAUCUGCUUUACUUUUUAAUAGUUUAAAUAUGAAAUAGGUCAUUCAUGCUGGGAAGUACGAGCAGCUGCUUGUUAUAAUGACAAAGAUGGAAUAAAACUUAAAACAAAGAUGUAAAACGAGAAAUUAAAUGAUGGCGGUUCUUGUUUUCACCGAGCUCCGUUACAGGAAAGAGUUGCCUCCUUAUGUCAAAGGUUUGUUGAAAAUAAAUUGGGAAAAUAACUAGAAUUUAAGCUUAAACUCUUUCUUGCCAGGAAAGUUUAUCAUUAUGCAAAAAUUUAAAUUUUUAAAUGCUGUCAUUCAUAUAUAUAUAUAUUUUUUUUAAUUUGCUUUUUUUUUUUUGUUAGAUGUUAAUGGAUCUAACUAAAUGUAGUUUAAAAAUUAUAUACUUAUUUGUGCCCACCCAGAGUAUUGUAUUGUAAUAAUAAAAGUUUUAACAGCAAAAUGUAACAUGAAAAAUGAAAGAAGGGACGUUACAUUAGUCUUUUUCUUGACAUUUGGUUAACAUUUGCGUGUUUGGAAAUCGUCUGUCGAGCGGUUUCAUCCUUUGGUUAUUGAGCCUUAAUUGUACAGUUUAAAUUGCUAGUUUUGCCCUCAAAACUAGCAAUUUAAACUUGGGGGAGAGAGCACUGACCCAUGAUCCUUUGCAGCAGGAUGACAGACAGAGAGCUCCGGAAGCCGAUGGCUGACGCGCCUCCUAAUUGUAAAGAGGUUUUCUGUCCACAGUUUGUGUGGAAAUCUUCACUGUAUAUAGAUGCGAAAUAUAAUCUGAACAUAUGAAUAUGCUAUACAUUCUGUACCAUGUGACAGGCCUAACCAAUGGGCUGGGGGUUGUUAAUGACGUGUUGUUCCUGUGGUCUGUCAUUGCUGUCAGAUCCUGCGUGGCCCCUCCCCUCCUCGGCUGUGAUUGGCCAUGGAGUUUAUUGAUGUAAAGGGGCGGGGCUGCUUUUAUUUUUCUGAGAUAGAGUUCUACAUGUUUAACAUGUUAUUUACUGGAACCAUUUAAAAGAAAAGCUAUUUUUUAUGGACAUGAUUUUAGUUUUUGUUGGUGUACCAUGUUAUGCUGAUGAUUCCUCUUGUUUUCUACAAACACACAUGCACACACACUGGGAGGACGGUAAUAAAACUAUUUUGUCCUGUA